GAGAGAUACUCUGUAAGGGAAAGGACUGGAGGCACUAGGAAUAACUGGGAGUAACUGGGAGCCAGAGCUCAGCAUGAGGAACCUCCUUAUCGUCACCUUCUGUCUAAUAGCUGUGAGGCGUGCACACUCAGGAAAGACCAUCACGGCGACAGGGCAUGAAGGAGGAAAUGUUGAAAUAAAGUGUUCGUAUUUAACAGGAUAUGAAAAGAGUUUAAAAUAUCUCUGCAACGGGGAAUGUGAGUGGCCGAAUAAAAACAUCCAAAUUGAAACUGAACAAGGCCAGAUUAGGGCACGAAAAGGGAGAUUUUCUCUGUAUGAUGACAGAACAGCGAGAGUCUUCGCUGUGACCAUCACUGGACUGACCCUGGAGGAUGCUGGGACAUACUGGUGUGGAAUCAGAGGUCUGCUAAUUGAUGUCUUCACCGAAGUUGACCUUAUCGUUAAAAGAGACAGCACUGCUGCUCCUCUUCCUCCCGAGGAAGAUGCUGCUCAUACUGAAUCAGGUUCAAGAUACUCCUCUGACUCCGAGCUCCGAAUGAUGUGUCUCCGAACAAAGGACUAAGAAAGAGAGAAAGAGGGAGAGAGAGAAGGGGAGAGAGAGGGGGGGGGGUUUCAUUCUUUUAAUCAAUCAUUCCUCAAAGGAGAUGAACAUAAUUGACAUAACCCUUCCUCGAUUUGUGAAAUGUCUAAAAAGCGUUAAAUAUUAAAUGUUUUUUUUUUCAACGUGACAUGACACCAAUCAAAUGAAACCCAGGAAAAGGAGAGGUGAAGAGAGGCAUUAUUUUUAUUUAAAGACUUUUUUGUUCCUGUGUUUCUGUUGAUCUCUUUGUUAUUUGUGUACAGGCCUUAAAAUCAGGAAUGCGUAUUUUCCACACUGAUUGAUCUGAGUGAAAUAACAUAUAGAAUGGACCUCCAUAGAUUACAAAUAAUAUUUUCAGUUUUUGCCUGAUAAUUUACUGCACAGUGUUCUUGAUAAGAUAUUGACAAUUUAAAAGUGGUUUAAAAGGUUUAAAAGAGGGAGAAAGAAUGAGGGUAUGAGAGUCCAUAGAGACUUGCACUAAUGCUCUGUUGUCAGUGCAUUGAUGCUAGAGUCAGAUAGUACCUAAGACAGGUAGCAGUGUUCCUGAUAUAGGUGUGAUGAUCACAGACUAUCUGGUAAAUGAGUUCUGAUGUGAAAUUAAAUAUUUUUGUACCGUAAGUUCCAUGUUCUUAUUGUGAAUACUCAUCUUAUUAUCAAGCCAUGGU